GAACCCAAUUACAAAGUUUUCAAAUAUAUAAAACUCCCCACGCAAUCUCCAUCUUCCCGUAAAAUUUAUUCCGGUGCCGGAGAAAUGGAAAAUGGCGCACAGAAAACGCCGACCACCACGACGCAACCGUCAUCUCCGAUGCCAAAAGUUGGCGUAGCGGUGUUUCUUCUAAAAGGAAGUAAAGUUCUGUUGGGGAAACGCCUCUCUGCCGUCGGCCACAGCACCUUUGCACUUCCCGGCGGCCACCUGGAGUUCGUUGAUCAUGUAUUUGUUACAGGGGAAAGUUUUGAAGAGUGCGCAACGAGGGAGGUGAAGGAGGAAACAGGAUUAGAAAUUGAUAAAACCGAGUAUCUAACGGUGACUAACAAUGUCAUCUCAGAGAAAGUGCACACAGUUUGCAUAUUCAUAAGAGCAGUCCCUGCUGAUCCCAAUCAGAUGCCUGAAACAGUUGAACCUGAGAAAUGUGCUGGUUGGGAUUGGUAUGAAUGGAACAAUCUACCUAAACCACUCUUUGGUCCUUUACAAGAUAUGGUACAAAGUGGUUUCAAUCCUUUCCCAAACACUGCUAGUUAACACGUUUUUCUAAGUAUUUACGAUUUGAUGUUGAUGCUAAAAACUUGCCUCACGAGUCUGAGUUGUGGGAUCAUCCCUUGAUGUUUGCAUUAGAGUAGCUUGUCUACAUUACACCCCCUAGUGGUACAGUCCUUCCACAGACCCUACAUAAUAGCGGAAUGCUUUGGGCAUCGGACUUCCCCAACACUGGAGUUCUGGUUUUGUAAUGGCAAGUGAUUCUUGAAUGUGCUACGUUGUAGUAAUAUAUUUGAAAUGAUAUUGUCUA